AUGGGCCUUCGAGAAGUGACGCGUGAGGACGAGCGAGCACUGCAAGAGAUCGCAGACUGUCUGGCGGGCUCGCACAAGAUCUUGCUUAUAACCGGCGCGGGCAUCAGUACCAGCUGUGGGAUUCCCGACUUCCGCUCCAAAGACGGACUCUACAACAUGAUUCCCGGGCAGACCAUGCUCCCGACACCGCCACCGUCAGAGCCUUCGACACCCACGCAUGCGAGGUUUAUAGACCUCACUGCCGACGAGGAGACUUCAUCAACCCAAACGCGAAACCGAAGGGUAUCGUCGAGUCCGUCGUCGCGACUACGAGGCCAGGACUUGUUUGACUCCCGAGUAUUUCACCAUGCCGAAUCUACCACCAUCUUUUACCAGUUUAUCGCGUCUCUUCGGCAGAAAAUCCGCGACGAGGUGCGGUCUACGAGCUCGGUCCACAAAUUCGUCAGGGUGUUACGCGACGGAGGUCGAUUGAUGAGGUGCUAUACUCAGAACAUCGACGGUCUCGAGAUAAGAGAAGGACUGGUGACGGAUCUGGCACGGGGCAAAGGAAACAAGCGCAGGUUCAUGAAGAAGCACUUCGAGGCGCCGCGCCCAACGCAUACAGCGGGCACCGACUUUGACGGCGGAUGCGAAGUCGUGCAGCUCCAUGGGGACUUGGAGAAGCUGCGCUGCACCAUGUGCUCGACCCAAUAUCCCUGGACUGAUGAGCAGACGGAAGUCUAUCUGGACGGAGCUGCGGCGGACUGCCCCAAUUGCAGAGACAAGAGCGACGAGCGACAAGCGAGCGGGAAACGAGGUCUGGCGGUCGGUGCGCUGCGGCCGAACAUCGUCCUCUAUGGAGAAGACCACCCUUCCAAUACGUUGCUGACACCACUGAUCCCCUUCGACGCCAGCUGUCAGCCAGACGUCCUGGUCAUUAUGGGAACGUCGCUGAAAGUGUUCGGGCUUCAAAAAAUUGUCCGAGAGUUUGCCAAAGCUGUCCAUUCACACAAGAAUGGCAAGGGACGGGUUGUCUUUGUGAAUCGUACCCGUCCCUCAGAGAGUGUAUGGGACGGCAUCAUCGAUGAUUUUGUCGCCAUGGACUGCGAUGACUGGGUAAACGACCUGAAGGGACGCCGGCAUGACCUUUGGCUCCGUCAAGGCGAGAUUGAUCUCACAGUGACAAAGCCGCAGCAGCCCAAGAGAAAACGGAAGAAAAUGGAAGAAUGUACAGGCAAGGAGAACAGACCCCAGAAGAAGGCCAAGAUGACCGUGGAAAUCCCUCGUCCUGCAAAAGCCCGACAAAGCUCAGACAGCAGCUCUCAGAAGAACAGGCUCAUUUUGAAGAUGACCAAGCUUCCCGCCGACUAUCCGGGGCGAGGAAUACUAUCCCCACUGGCACAAGCGAAAAGGCCACCGAUUUCGCCUUUCACAAGUCCGAUCCGUACGGAGGAUGAGGCUGGCGUAUCAAAUCCCGCCAAACGAGAGACGCCAAGCCGCCCUCCAAUUUCUCCCUUCACACCGCGACAUCUUCCGCGCGGUACACCGAAGCGACCUGCUUUCUCGCCCAUUACGCCAGUUGUCCACCCGGGAAGUAAGCUAAAGACAGUGGUGAUUAUAGAUGAUGAUGAUGAUGAGGAGGAGGAGGAGGAGGAUGUGGAAAGCCAAACCUUGCCCAGCAGUCCUCCUGUCCAAGACUUACAGAGAGAGUCCCCGUCGCAAGAGGGCACCACAAGAGUGGUGAGAUCAAAGAAGGCCAGUGCCCUGGCGGCGGAAUCGAGGGAGUCCAAGUUCAUGGCACAGGUCUGGCAGCGAGUGAGAGAUGGACGCUUGUUCUCUCAUGGACGGAAUCCGGUUGACGUGGAUAUUGCCGAGGUCGAGACACCAUCUAGAGGUCCACGAGGCCGGAAAGUCGACAUCUUCGCCGACUGA